UAAAAAGGACCUUCAAAAAUUCUACUCUAAAGGCUCGAACAAGAAGGAAUUGAUAGUGACAUGACAGGAUCUAGCUCCCCCUGUGGCGCUUGCAAAUUCUUGAGAAGAAAAUGUAUCAAAGGUUGUGUUUUUUCGCCUUAUUUCUGCCAUGAACAAGGUGCUACUCAUUUUGCAUCUAUCCAUAAGGUAUUCGGAGCUAGCAACGUGUCGAAACUCCUUGCUCACCUCCCGGUCAGCGACCGGAGUGAGGCCGCCAUCACUCUGGCCUAUGAAGCUCAAGCUAGGCUGCAAGAUCCCAUUUAUGGCUGUGUUUCUCAUAUUUUUUCUCUCCAACAGCAGGUUGUGAAUUUGCAGGCCCAACUGGCUUCACUCAAGCAACAAGCAGCUCAAUGCAUCAUCAACAAUUCCAGCAGCUCUGUAAACCCUAACCCUAAUGAUACCAAAUUCUACAGAGAAAGCCAUUCUCUGCCGCAAGAUCUCCAUAGUUGGUUGCAAAAUCAGAUGGAAACCCCACAAUUUGAUGCAAAGAAUACCUACUACUCCGGUGUAAGCAUGGACUUGAGCGCGAGCGCUUCUGUAAAACACGAAAACUCGAAUUUUGGAGAGCAGAAUCCCUCCUAUGGAAGCAUGGAUUCAUUUGAAGAUCAACAGUGGCCGUACCAAGAUGCUGGUGAUGAUCUCCAGUCAGUUGCUUUUGGACACCUACGUCUUUCUUGUUGA